AUGCUUUCAUUCUUCAAAAAAGCCCUGUCUUCGACUAGCACUCCUAGCGCCGUUCACGCUACCAGCGCAGCCUCUAAAGGCUUCUACAUUAAACCUUCAGCUCCGUUUACCAUCUUACCAAAAGCGAAGCCUACCUAUGCCGUUGUUAACUCUGCAGCGGCUGCAACCAUCACACCUCUUGUCAAGAACGAGGCCUUCGUUCCACCCAAGCCGGCUCGUAAACCAGCUUAUCUGUUGGACACUAGCAUGCCUGUAGUUCUUGACGCACUUCAUGACAUUUCCAAGAAUGUUCUCUUCUUUGCGAGAGUAUUCAUGGGAGAUUUCCCUAACUUCGUUCCCGAGGUGAUGCAAAUUGAGGACCACGAGAGUCUCAUUGCCUCGGUUCACGACAAGGCUGACGAAGUCGGCCAGGAAAUCGACUUUACUAACUAUGAUGGACAGCAAAUCCAGCGCAUUAAGGGCGUUGAUAUGCUGGACAGCGAGCUUUUGGCUACCGCCAAGCACUUCUUUGCUCGCCCUAACCAUCGUGUUGCAAGAUACUUACACACUCUUGACAACAACGAGUCUGCUGGCCACUCGAAACCCAAGGUCAGCAUUCAGGGCACUCCUGUGGUGUCUGAGUACUUGACAAUCUUCCCGGCUAACACCGUGGAGCCAUUCUCUAAAGAAGCUUCUACAUCCCAUGGCGGGGUGCUCAAGCAGUCCACUGUGUUUAGUGAACCUGCGAAGCCAGAAUGGCACACUGUCAACUUCCCUUUCUUUGAGAAAGUGGCCCUUAAGACCUUCGAUGCUAUCGAGACUGACACAACCUUGUCGGCGGAUGAGUUGGUGCACAGACUCAAAAUCCUCUACAGGGUUCUCGGUAAGGAGAUGGUCGAGAAGGUCAAGUCGAACUUCUUUGUUGGGGGACAAAAGAUGAUGGACUUGACUACUCGUAUCUCUUCUAUUCAUGCCGAAGCUCGGGCGCUGUUCAUGGAGCUCGAUUGCAUCAAUGAGGACUACAUGGGCGGUGAGAACCGUUCCACCAUUUCAACUAGGCUUGAUGCCUGCUUGAAGAAGCUUGACGAUGCCAGAACUGAUCUCAGCAACUACAAGUUUGAGCUCUCCAGUGGGUUCCGUGGUUGUCGCCAGGCCAGCAUGCUUGCUGAUGUUAAGGAAUGUUUGAGAAUCAGCAAGAUGGUGACUGCUCGUCACUUUGACCUUACCGAGAAUGUUGUGGACAGCGAGGGCGCCUUCUUUGGCGAUUGUGGGCAGAGUGCCUAUAGAAGUGCUCUUAAGGUCCUCAGAAAGGUUGCUCCUGAUGUUGAUGACGUGUUCCUGACGGACCUCUUGUUCGCUACCGUGGAGGCAGCAUCUAAGACAUCCAGACUUGUGCGCUCUUUGAAGAAAGACGCCGAAGAGCUCAAGUCGUUACUAUAG